CGACUCGAGAUAGGUACAAUGGGUUUCCCUUUUUUCCGUAUUCGCCACAGAUAAUACGUCAAGUUGCUUUGUCUCAUUAAUGAAUGUUGAUAUUCCCAAGAGUUUUUUUGUUACGAGAGUCAGAAGAACAGAAUAUCUCGAUUUUCCGACAACAACAAAACCUUGGUGACGAAGAUUUUGCCACUUUUGAAUCUUGCUUGCGUGGGUAAAAGAAUCAUGGAAAAACCCCCUCAAGAUGACAACGAACUUAUUACACUGGAAAUUAUACAUCGAUAUGUCGAGAUCUUGGAUCGCUACUUUGGCAACGUAUGCGAGUUGGAUUUGACCUUUAACUUUCAAAAGGCAUAUUUCUUUUUGGAUGAAUUACUGAUCACCGGCGAACUUCAAGAAUCCAGCAAAAAUCAGUCCUUCGCGUCAUCACUCAACAAGAUUAGUUUGAGGAACAAGAGGUGAAUGAACAAAAGUCGGGAUAAAGCUCCAACCUGGGGGGGAAACAGAUACAUGGAGAACAGCGCUAUACCAGAAGGAAAUAAACCGCGAGUCAUUUUAGUGUACUAUAUUGUAUAAUCUUAUAUUGUGCGUGAUGUUGAAAGCUGGAUCCUUCUUUUUUGGUUCUGUGUUCCUUAUCUGGUGGUGAUGAUCCAUACUAGAUACAUGACAUCGUUCAUCAUGAUAGAUGUUGUUCAUGUCCUAAGACAUAGCCUUAUUCUACACACGUCCGUAGAGAAAGCCAGGGGAGACAAAUAUAGCUAAAUAGAAUGUACGAUGAUGGAUUUGGGGGGAGCAGAAAUGCAUAAUAAGCGAUGGAAUAGAAUAAAAUCAUAGUGACAAGUUGGUCUGGAAUGAAGCAGGGGUGGAACUAAGUCGUGUUUAUGGUGCGUAGAUUCUUCCUAC